AUGCGUCAGGAAGAGAGGCAGGAAACCACCGACUCCUCAACACCCACCCAGCAUAUGUACCUCCAAGAAAUCUCAGGGCCUGUGCCUGUGAGUGGGAAGAGGUUGUCAGUAGUCAGCUGUGGAAACUGGACGCAAAAGGAUGGCAACCCUUGUGAAAUCGUAGUUGUAAAUGUUGAAGAAGUCAAGAAGAAAAAGGAAGAGCCAGAGGAAAUAAAAUCAAAGCCACGUUCUGACAAUGAGCUGGAAGCCAUAAAGAUCCAGGCCUGGUGGCGGGGCACCCUGGUGCGUCGCACAUUGCUACAUGCUGCCCUGAGAGUUUGGAUUAUUCAGUGCUGGUGGAGGAAGGUAUUGGCAAGGUUGCUGGAGAAGAGACGGCGGAUAAUGCUGGAGUUGAAUUCACGGGAAAUACAGGCCUCUGUCAGGCUGCAGGCCUGGGUCCGAAUGUGGCUUGUACGGCAGCAAUACUGUCGUGUGCUCAAUGCUGUCCGCACCAUCCAGAUCUGUUGGCGCUGGCAUAGUUGCCACACCCGUGGCUUUUUCCGGGGAAACUAUGAUAUCACAGAAAACCAACUAAAACUUCAACUUGACAUCUUUCUGGGAUCACAGAUUUGUCGGAUCACAGAUUGCAUCCCCUUCCCAAUAAAGAACUGA